CAACAUGGAACUUAAUUCAAAGGGAUUAUUUAAGGGGACCUUAAAUGUCGACGGACCAUAGGUGGUGACAUUCGCAAUUGGGCAUGGGUUCGUUAGGACCAUUGGGAUGUGCGAAAGCCCUGCAGCUCACCCUUGCGGUAAUAAAACCGGAUGCGGUGGCACAUCCUUUAAUUAUGAAGGCUCUCCACCAGAAAAUAUUGGAGCACAAAUUUAUUAUUGUCAAGUCGAAAGACUUGGUGUGGCAAAGACAAGAUUCAGAGAGGUUUUAUGCUGAACAUGAAGGACGAUUCUUCUAUCAAAGGCUAGUUGAGUUCAUGGCAAGUGGACCAAUGAGAGCAUAUAUCCUGGCCAGGGAGGACGCCAUCAGUUAUUGGCGUAAACUAAUGGGUCCCACCAAAGUGUAUCGGGCACGCUAUACCUCCCCAAACACCAUCCGAGCCCAGUUUGGACUCACGGACACCAGGAAUACCACUCACGGUUCAGACUCUGUAGAAUCUGCACAGAGGGAGAUCACUUUCUUCUUCCCAGAAUUCCACGCUCAGGAGUGGAUGGAGAGGCUGGAGCCGUCCUUCAGGGCGGGCCAGGUGGAGUACAACCAGCAACAGCAGAUUCACACCCUACCGGGGCAGAGCAGACCAUAGGCUCAUAUUUGGACUAAAAUGGACUGACCCCACAGUGUCCAGAUGUUUGCCAAAUCUAAAGCACAGUGUCAGCAUUGCAACAGACAUGAACGGACAAUGUUGCUUAUCUUAUCUGGACCGUGGUGUUUCAGACCUUGUGUGGUGUUGUGGGUAAUUUCACUCUCUAAUGGACUUGUUCUCAUCUAUAUGUCUCAAGAUGGAUGUUCAGGGGAUGCAUGUUAUUUUCUAUUUCUGAGAACAGGAAAGCUGAAAACAAUGUUGCUCUUCUUGGUACAGUUUAAUAAUGAAUGCUUUUGACUGGAAAUGUGAAUCACAACAUAGGCCAAGAUAAUGUUAUUUUGACAUGCGGCUCACUUCAAAGCAUGUUCUUGGUAAAUGAGCAGACAAACACACAGACAUCACCGGAUACCUGAUGGUCAAAACAACACAAAUGCACACGUUAGCGCAUGGAUUCUGUGCACUGCACAUCACAUAGAGCAAAACUGAGUGGACAGCAUGUUCUUGCUCCUGCAUUUAAGAUACACAAUUGUCUAAUUCAGUUCCCAAAACAAUUAUAUAAACAGCUGGGAUCUCAUCACCCAUGUUUCUCAACUCCGACUCUCAUUAAAGGUCCAGCUAAGACUUCAGUGAUUCAGGUUUUAUGUAUAUUAAGUAAACAUAAUUAAAAAUAGCCAUUAAAACCCC